AUGCAAAUUCCAAGUUUCCUUGGCUCAAUGAAGAGUUUGACAUACCUAAACCUCUCUUAUGCGAGAUUCAGUGGAAGCAUUCCUCACCAAAUAGCAAAGCUCUCCAGUUUGAUCUAUCUUGACCUUGAAAGUAAUUCUCUCAAUGGAAGCAUUCCUCACCAAAUAGCAGAUAUCUCCAAUUUGAUCCAUCUUGACUUUGGAGGUAAUUCUUUCACUGGACCCAUUCCUCACCAAAUUGGGAAUCUUUCUGGCCUACUCUAUCUUGAUCUUGAUUGGGGUAUUCAUUAUGAAGACAUGGAAAGGAUAUCAUUGUUUCCAGAAAAUCUUCAAUGGCUUUCAUCCCUUUCAUCCCUCAAAUAUCUACAAUUAAGUUAUGUGAAUCUAUCUAAUGCAUUUGAUUGGUUGCAUGUUUUGCAAUCAUUUCCCUCAUUGACAGAGUUGCACUUGAUGUGGUGUACUCUUCAUCAUCAUUUUGAUUCAACCAUUGUGACUAAUUUUACAUCUUUGGCAAUCCUUGGUCUUCAAGGUUUCAUCCCAAAUGGCAUUCAAAAUCUCACUCUCAUUGAAGAUCUUGAUUUAUCUUCUAAUUUGUUUAAUUCUUCUAUCCCUGAUUGGUUUUAUAGUUUGAGCCAUCUCAAGUCUCUUAGCAUUCGUGACAACAAUUUGCAUGGAACAAUCUCAUAUGGGUUUGGGAACUUGAAUUCUAUGGUUACUCUUGAUUCGUCAUAUAAUCAUCUUGGAGGGCCAAUUCCAAGCUCUUUAAGAAAUCUUUGUGAAAUUCCUGAAUCAUUAAGAAAUUUUACCUCUUUGAAUCAUCUUUAUCUCGAUGGCAAUCAAUUCAAUGGGAAUCCUUUUGAUGCGAUACAAUCCCUUGUAUCAUUACAAUCACUUGGCAUUGGCAACAAUCUUUUUCAAGGAGAGGUGCACGAGGAACACCUUGCUAGUUUUGCCAAGCUACAUGAAUUUUUUGCAUCAAGAAACAAACUCAUUUUAAAAGUGGGUCCCAAUUGGAUUCCAUCUUUUCAAAAGUUGAAAGUCUUGUACAUGGACUCAUGGCACUUAGGUCCCUACUUUCCAUCAUGGGUGCAAUCACUCAAGUGUCUUGAGGAUUUGUCCAUAUCCAAUAGCAACAUCUCUGAUUAUAUUCCCCCAUGGGUUUGGGAUGCAUUUCCCCAUGCUUCAUAUUUUGAUUUCUCUAACAAUGAUAUCCAUGGAGAGAUUUCUGAUACAUUGAAGAAUCCCAUCAAUAUCUCAAGCAUUGAUCUACGCUCAAAUCACUUAAGUGGUCAUUUACCACACAUUUCACCUUAUGUGUAUUACUUAGACCUCUCAAGUAACUGGUUUUCUGGAUCCAUAGACUCCUUGCUAUGUCAAAAGAUGGAAGAGCCAAUGAAGUUAGUGCAUCUCAAUUUGGCAUCAAAUAAAUUGUCUGGUGCAAUACCAGAUUGUUGGAUGAUGUGGAAAAAUCUAGUCAUUGUGAAGUUUGAUGACAACUUUUUUAGUGGAAACUUGCCCACAUCCUUGGGAUCCUUACCAUGGUUGGGCUCCUUACAACUUCAGAACAACUUACUUUCAAGAAAUUUUCUUGUUUGUCUAAAGAAUAAUACUAAAUUGGUUCUCUUGGAUCUCAGAAAAAAUCAAUCUUCAGGUAUAAUUCCUUUGUGGGUAGGACAAAUUCUGUUGAAUUUGGAAGGUUUUCUCCUAGAAUCAAACAAUUUUUUUGGUGAGAUUCCCAAUCAAAUAUGUUCUUCAAAAUUUCUACAAAUUUUGAAUCUUGCACAUAACAACUUGACUGGACAGCUACCAAAAUGCAUCAACCACUUGAAUGCUAUGUUGGUAAAGAACAAAUCUUCAUAUAUAUACUUGAGGAGCUUCAGAAAUGACACUUUCUAUUCUAUAUCUGAUGUGCUUCUUGAUUUGAAAGGAAGAGAUUAUGAAUAUAGGUUUGUAGGACUUGUCACAAGUAUUGACCCUUCAAGCAACAAACCAUCUGGAGAGAUACCAAGAGAAAUCACAAGCCUCAUGGGGCUGAUUUUUUUGAACUUGUCCAACAAUAUUUUGCAUGGCCAUAUUCCUCAAAGUAUUGGCAAUAUGAAAUGGUUGGAGACAAUGGAUCUCUCAAAAAAUCAACUUGGUUAUGAAAUCCCACCAAGCAUGUCCAAAUUGAAUUUCUUGAACAAGUUGAACUUGUCCUACAAUAAUUUGACUGGGAAAAUUCCAACGGGCACCCAGUUGCAAAGUUUUGAGGUGUCUAGUUUUGUGGGCAAUUAUUUAUGUGGUCCUCCACUGCAAAACUAUUGCACUGAUAAUGUCCCUGAACAAGACAACAAUGAGAAAGAAGCUCAUGAACAUAGAAUCAAUUGGUUUUAUGUGAGUAUGUCAUUGGGAUUUGUUUCAGGAUUUUGGGUAGUAAUUGGUCCUUUGCUGUACAGUACAUCUUGGAGAUGGAUUUGUGUCUAUACAAAGUUACGUCUCUAA